AUGAACUGGCCGUCAUUACUCAUCACGAUUGAAGGGUUGUUGCAUCGCCGACAUUUCAAGACCGAAGGAGCCCACUGCCGUGCUUUCGCCUCAACGGCUCUUUUCACAGGCUUACAAGCUUCAGCUUCGGAAACCUGCUCGAUCCCUGAUUUGAAUCGAAUCUUCAACACGUUUAACGUCCGUCCCCCCAUCUCCACAAAUAGUCGUCGCGCCUUACACGAAUCGAAUACUCUGGGUCGUGCAUAUUGUGGGAGUGACAUUUCGCUUGGCGAGCACGAGAAGGAAAGCAGCAGACUAGCUAUCAGUGGUGAUAACGGUCACCGGUCGCCCUUGAUCUUCUCAGGUGCCAAUCACUAUUUGAUUAUAACAACCGGUGUUAUCAGGCAAAGACUUGGUUCACUACCAAAUUUUGCUUCGGACUUCUGCCGUUCGGAGCAUGAGUCUUCCUUUGUGGUCAACUCCCACUUGAAUCUUCGGGAGGGCUGGGAUACUGUCCUCCGACCGUUUGGCGCUCAAAACUCCCUCGGAAUUUGGAAGAAUAUUCAUUUUCUCUUGCAUUUCUCAGGCUGUCACGCUCUUCCAAGAAGUUUCGGUGUAUCGCUCACACGAACUGUGACUGUUCUUCAUCCAGUUCUCAAAGAGUCGUUAUCUGCAAGCUAUCGAAAAGGCGGUGGAAAACGCGAAAUUUUUGGACUGUUGAGGCAACGGGCCAUUGCCAACGGCUAUUAUAGACCGCUCCAAAGUGCUAAAUCUGCAUUUGAUUAUCCUGAACAAUGGGGUCUAUCACAGGUUCUCCAAUGGGUUUGGGGCGUCAUGAUCACACACCUCGAGGGUGAUAGCCCUACGCAGCCCCUCAUAAAUAUAGAAGCCAUACCUCUGCUGAAUGCCCCCCCCACGAUGUCUUCUGCCAUGGAAUAUGAUACGAUCGUCUUCGGCCUGGCUGCUACAAAGUCAUACCGAUUGACAUGA